CCCUCCCUCCCCCCCCCCCCUCCAAAAGGCCCCCCCUAUAUAUGUCUGUCGUCUUACACCCAACCGACCUUGCUCUAUAUAUAUCUAUUUAUUUAUCUUGAACCAAGGUCAAGCGCUCUGAGAUCUCCACCUCGAUCUGGACUCUUCGCAUUUCCAGUUUUCCCCUUGCUGCCCAGCUGCCAGUUCCACUUCUUUUUGAAGCUUUCCCCAUCGCCUAUUGCUGGGUCUCAGCCCAACUGCCUUUAUUCUUAUCUCCUUGUCUCUUUGAACCCUCGAUUUCUCUUCUUCUCUUCGCCGCAGUGUAGCAUUUGCCACGGGUGUCUCUCCACCGUCCUCACCCUGCUAUCCUCCCUUAGCCCGCUUGGUCGGCAUCCCCGGAAUACUCAGUUUGUCAGUUCCUUGUGAGCCCAGCGCUCGGGGGUUUUUUAUUUUAUUUUUUGUCUCUCGGCUCGUUGCCCGUUUUGCCAUCGAUUUCAAGCUCCGGUUCUUCUCCGCAAGCUCUAGAUUCGACUCGCCGCCACUCAGACAAAACAAAAAAAAAAAAAAGAUUUAAUACCAUAAUAAUAAUACUAAUAUAAAUCGCCCCCAUAUCAGCCGGCCUGAUAUGGCCCAAAGGCAGCUAUGGACUACUCUAAUGACAGCCAUUGAUCCUCUCAAUGCAAAAGCCAUGCCCGUCGUCCUGCAAUCCACUAUCCAGCUGUUGGAAACAGAGCUUGCGAAUGCCAAAGCUGCGCUCGAGGAAAUACAGGCGCAUUCAGCAACGGCAACAUCAAGAUCAACAUCAACGUCAAUCUCUUCUUCUUCUCCUUCUUCCUUGUUUUUGUCGCCGUCUUCCUCCCUCUCUUGCUAUUGCGCCGAAAUGCAGGAAACCAUCACCGCUGGCGCUAUGGCUGCGUACAAGCACCAUCUGGUCGGCCGCGUCUCCCAGAUUACCAGCUCGUCUCUACAUCUGUCUUGUCACCCUAACUGCGCCGUCGCAUUCUCACAUAGUCCGUUGCACGUCUCGCUGCGAGACCUCCUAUCCAAUUCCCUCAUCCUCGACCACAUAGCGCCCUAUCUUUCGAUCUCGUCUCUACUCUCGCUAGCCUCCACAUGCACUACCUUCCGUUCCAUUAUAAUGGAUACCCCAUACGUUUUUCGGCAUAUGGAUUUGACAACAUGUCGCGGGGCUCAACCACCGCCGUUCAUGGGUCCCAUAGAUGCAGGCGGUGAGGUGUGGAGGAGCGAGCGCAUGGAUGAAUCUUUGACUGAAGACGAUUUCUACUCGGGUCCCUUGAGAGGCAUCUUUUCUAAUUUAGGACGCCGGUCCAUCUUGCAGGAUGUCAGAACGCUCGUGCUAGAUGGCCUCUCCGUCCCCACAGACCUCAUCGCCGAUAUUGUGUUAACUGAUAGGUUUAACGUUGUCAUACUGUCUAUCCGGGACUGCCUCAACCUGAACGAACGUAAGUUGAUGCAGACCUUACAAUAUGCCGUCAGACCAUCCCGGCCCAAGGGAAUGCCAAGAGUGCGGGGAAUCUAUUAUUUCACCGCGAAGAAUGAUUCACAACAGAGUACCUCACACGGCAGAAAGCAAAUGUACCACACUUCCGCAGCCACCAAGUGGGACCGACCUGGGGAUCACCAGCCUGACGAUCAAUCGAGCAAUUCCGCCGACACCUGCCACACUGCCAAGAAGGAUAACUACCACGAUCAGCUGACGCGGAGACAUCCGUGGUACAAAGCGUCAGGUAAAGUGCUCAGGAAGAAAAUCUCCAACGGAUGGGCAGAAACACUGCAGCUUUGUAACGGAAUCAUUUCCUUUGAUGCAGUGCUGUGCCGGAGUCCAGCGCAUCAACCCUUCACCUCUGCAGAAGGAAACGACGCGCAACCAGACACGUACCUCUCGCCAGCAAUCGCAACAGUUGCUCUCGGUCCCAGGGGCUGCGAGGACUGUCGAACCUCACCUGAAGGUCCCGCCCUCUGGAACCACUCGCCGGAAUAUCAAUUCCCGCUCCUCACGCCUCUCCCACUCCACUCCUCCCGAAUCACUGCCGCCAAGUCCCCCGUAGUCUCUGACAACGAUGAGCCCGUCCUGAUAAUGCAGUGCCAAGAAUGCCUGAUCGACCGCUGGUGCAACCGGUGUGGCAGCUGGUGGUGUUCAGCCUGCCUCCCACACCCGGAAAAGCCAAGACACCAUCGCAAGCUACAUCAGACCGCGUCCCGAUCCUCAUCUUCGUCAUCAUUAUCUUCCUCCUCCUCGUCCACCUCGUCCGGAUCCGGAGAGGAAGGAGGAGGCUCAGUAUACGCAAAGCGCUUUAUAGCAGGCGUCAGCAGAGAUUGCUGGGAGUGUGGAGCUACAUGUGGUGCCUGCAAAGCAGAAGUCCAACGGACCUGCAUUACAUGCCAGGGCGAGUAUUGCAUCGAGCAUAAUGAUGGGUGCACGGCUACGAAGUGCGACUGGUGCAAUACCAGCGGACGUCGACGGAGGGGUCCAUGAUGUGAACGAGUUUUGCACUGAUAUCCUCCGACAUAACAUACUUUCGCCACCCCCAAAGGCCAUCGCCGGGGACGGACCGACUUGAAACUACACACACACACGAAUAAAAAAAAUUAAAAAAAGAAAAAAAGAAAAGAAAAGAAAAGAAAAGAAAACGAAAACAAAAACAAAAACAAAAAAACACACUUCGCCCUUCCUCUCCGGAAUUUCCAUCGACACCUGUUCCUCUCUUGUUGAAAGUUACGAGCAUGCCAGCCGGCCCUUCUCCACUCGAUCUCAACUUCAUAUCGGUCCCGUAAAUCCCCGUUCACUGUGGGAAAGCCAUCUCCAUCUCCAUAUCCAUCGCAUUCACCCCUCACCCCAUAGCGACGGCCAUCCAGAUUUGGGCCCACUUCAUUCAUCUACGGCCUUAUUUAUACCUCUACCAUUUUCCCUCUUCUUUACUUUUCUUUUAUUCCUCUCCUUUCUCUCCGACGCUCUAUACCACAUAUAUCCUCUCUAAUUCCGGUGUUAACUGUUUUUUCGCCUUCUCCCACUUCCGCGUUGGAAUCCUGUUAUGAACUUUCCGCUCGGAUAUUUCUUCAUUGCUUCUUCUCUUCGUUUCAUGCUCUUGAGAGUUAAAUCUGCAAAUUUGGGCUUCUGAUCUGGUAUGUCAUUUUUCUCUUCUUUCGGUCUGGAUGCGGGCAAAGCAUUCAUUUACUUAUAUUUAUAUAUAUAAUAUAUUUCUUUUUUUUCCUACUUGACUGGGUGUUAAAUUCUGGGGACGGGACUGCGGGGAAAUGGAUAAGGUUGUCUUUCGUGUGGUUUGUUUCUGGGCUCUAUUUUAUUUUAUUUUGUUUUUGUUUCAUUUUGCGUUCCGGGGUUUCUAAUUCUUUUUCUUUUCUUUUGUGCCUGGCUAGGUUAGGUAGACUGGGAGGGACACUCAUCUCCGUUCUAUAUAUAUAAAUUAUAUAAAUACCUUAAACAUUGCAUAACUAUGGUUUGAUAUUUCCGUUGACUUUAGCUUAUCUCUUACGGAUUGAUUUGCACUGUACAUACAUGUAAAAAGAUUGUUGGCUUAAAAUAUAUAUAUAUAUGGAUAUAUAUUUUUAAUGAGCAAGGCAUAUGGAAAAAAAUUGUUUCAC